GAAUUGGAAUAGGAAUGAAUCACGAUCAUACAUUUCAAUGCUUGCAACAUAAUCCUGACUAAUUAGGAUGGUUUCGGUAUUUGUUUAAAUAAAUCAUUUCCACGAUGCUUCAGACAAUGGCAAAUCAAAUCUCGCCCGAAUCCCUCCAGUCCACGUACGCGGCCUAAAAUCAACCAUUAAAACAACAAAUCUGUCGCUGCGAGAAAGUACCACGGUCUGUUUCGCUGCUCUGCAAGUUUUGAAAACGUCUGGAAGAAUGUCCAAAUGUUGCAGACGAUCGGCGCGAUUUCACACCACAGCGGUCCUCAAAAUGCUCCAGUCGAUCGGAAAGAAGAGCGAGUUAAUAUGGCUGUCCACAAUUUAUCUGUCAGUGUAGUAAGCUCGCCUUGUGCUGCCGACACGACGCGCAUAACAACCCAUUUAGUUCCCAUCAUUUCAGAGCUUCUUGUCCCCUCCCCUCCAGACACAGACAACAACAUACACCUUAAUAGGGGCGCGUCUCCGACACAGCCGCCGACCAAUAACCCGUCUGUCUGGGCAGAGACCAAGGGGAUGAGCGCUCGCCGAGGCCCAAUCAGCGCUUUUGUGUUGCCUGCCGGUGCCGGGGACUGGUCGUGAAGAGCUACAGCAGCGCUUCAGGAUCGGAGAGUGAACCCGGAGCCAGAGGAACCUGAAGGGUAAAGGCGAGUCAGGAUGGAGCGGAUGUCUGAGGAGGCGUUGAGGCUGAACCUGCUGAAGCGGGGUCUGGAGGCGCCGGAUGAGCGGGAGGAGGCCAAGCGCCUUAAGAUGGACGGUCACGAGGCCAUGGAGAGGCUGAAGAUGCUCGCCCUCCUCAAACGUAAGGAUCUGGCCGCUUUGGAGGGGGCGGCUGUUGCGGCAGCCAUGGCAGAGGGCAAAGGGCCCUGUGGAAGCCAGGGGCUGAUGGGAGCUGUGGCCUACGAGGAGAAGAUGAAUGGAAGUUUGAGAGUCGGGGGCCACGGAGGUCCCAGUAAGAACGGGAAGGAAAACAUAGUGGAUGAGCCAGUUGACAUGAGUGCCAGAAGGAGCGAAAUGGUCAGAGAGCGACGCACUCCGUCACCAGACGUCAUCAUUUUAUCAGACAACGAGGCGUCCAGCCCACGAAGCACACCUCAUCCUGAGGAGAAACAGCACCAGGCCAACCUAGAGAUGUUUAAGGGGAAAACCGGCGAGGAGCGGCAGCAGAUGAUCAAAGCUCUCCGAGAGGAGCUCCGGCUGGAGGAGGCCAAGCUGGUGCUCCUGAAGAAACUCAGACAGAGCCAAAUGCAGAAGGAGAACGUGGUGCAAAAGGUGCCGGUGGUCCAGAAUGCCCCAUCGUCAGUGCAGCCGUCACCCAUGCACAGCUCUCAGGGGCUAGGGAAGCUCCCCGUGCGGCCCGGCAUGCACUCGUCUGAGCCUCAGAACCUGCGCACUGCACAGGGCCACACAGUAAUCAGGUCUGCUGCCAACGCAUCUUUGCCCCCCAUGAUGAUGUCACAGCGGGUUAUCGCACCCAAUCCUGCCCAGCUUCAGGGUCAGAGAUUGCCCUCCAAGCCUGGCAUGGGCCGCUCCUCCACAGGUGGUCUGGGUAAUGCAGUGAGUUAUCAGCAGGCUGCCAGCCAGCAGGUGGGGGUCUCGCAGCGCUCCGGCUCGUCCUCUGCCAUCUACAUGAAUCUGGCACACAUGCAGGCGGCAGGAGCAGCUGGCGUCGGGGUGGGCGUCAGCGGGGUUGGUGCCGUUAGCCCCUCCACCCUUUCCAGCGCCUCCAGCGUGGCUUCUCUGAACGACCAGGCCAGUAGCCAAGCGGCUGCUAAACUUGCCCUGCGCAAACAGCUGGAGAAGACCCUGCUGGAGAUCCCUCCACCCAAACCUCCAGCGCCCCUGCUGCACUUCCUGCCAUCCGCCGCUAACUCCGAGUUCAUCUACAUGGUGGGCCUGGAGGAGGUGGUGCAGAGCGUCAUUGAUAGUCAGGGUAAAAUGCGGGGGUCACUGCCACACGUGGAGCCGUUCUUCUGUGCCCAGUGCAGGACUGACUUCACCCCUCACUGGAAGCAGGAGAAAAGUGGCCGCAUCCUCUGUGAGCAGUGCAUGACGUCCAAUCAGAAGAAGGCCUUGAAGGCCGAGCACACCAACAGGCUGAAAAACGCUUUCGUUAAGGCUCUGCAGCAAGAACAGGAGAUCGAGCAGCGGUUGCAGCAGCAGGCGGCUCUGUCCCCCAGCUCCGGCCAGACUGUGCCCAGCGUGAGCAAAGGAGAAACCAUGAUCCGACACCAUGCCCUCCGACAGACUCCACAGCCACAGGCAGCUCUACAGCGGGGUCUGUCCAGCUCCGCACGGGGGGUUCUCUCUAACUUCGCCCAGGCCUCCCAGCUCUCAGUGGCCAGUGGGCUGCUGGGAAUGACGAGCAAGCGCUGUGGCAGCAGCAGUUCCAGCGGCGGCGGCACCAGCAGCAGUCGACCCCAGCACGACAGCCGCAGGCAGAUCUACAACAUCCCUGGUCUGAAUAUUGCCUAUCUAAAUCCGGGAGCCAUCGGGGGCCACAAGGCGUCCAGCCUAGCGGACCGUCAGCGGGAGUAUCUGCUCGACAUGAUUCCCCCACGCUCCAUAUCCCAGUCCAUCACCGGGCAGAAAUGAGGCCUGACGGGACUGCAGAUCCCCCCCCCCCGCCCCACUCCUCCGGACGUCCCACCACUCCUCUGUUCUACAUCAGAACAUCCCCGUCCCCCAAAACACAUCCACGCGCACACCAUCACCCCAUCGCAUGCAGUGCCUGUCCGUGUGCCUACCCAACUAACCCAUAAGAACAGCUCAAUCAGUCAGACUAUAAACACCAGACUGUCCGUGCAUCUCAAACUUCGGUUUCCUACUAUAGCAAAGCUCUUUAUUGUUAUCUCGACUUAUUAUUGCUGUUGUUAUUGCUACUUCGAUUAUUAUCACAGUUAUUAUUAUUAUUAGUAUUAUUGUUGUUUCUGUUACAGUUACUCUUAUUACACUUAUUAGUAGGUUUUAGUGGCAUCUUUUUACGUUCUUAUGUUUUCUUUUCUGAGGGAGGAUGCCAGAUUGCAGGGUCACUCGAAAAUAUCGAAGCUCGUUUCUUUUGGUUCAUUUCGAAGCUUCCUCCCUCCCGUCGCCCCCUGUAAAAUUCGACUCUCACGUUGUGUUUGUUCAGUUUCAGAGUGGGAAUGGUUGAAGCAUUCCUGAGAGAGAUGAAUCUUUGUAGCGUCGCACAUCGGGAAAGUCCUCCGAGAACCUUGUGGUUCAGAACGAGCGAGACAGACUCAUGUACAUUGAUCAGAUUGAUCCUUACGCAGAGAUUGUCGACACGCUUAAAACGGAGCCUGCGCAAGCACGGAAGAGUGCUGUCGAAUGUACAGAGAGAAACUGUAGAGUUGGAGGUCCUUGAACUGGAUCUCUCACGCGUCUCUCAAUGCCUUCACUUUCACAGGAUGCAGUGGUUUUUGUGGCGACGUUGUGUUUUCACUGCACGGCGGAUGGAGAAUGAAGCCGGAGAGCUCCAUCUUCAUGAACUUUGAGAUUUUGGUUUUCUGCUUGUGUGUUUUUUGCGUCCCCUCUUCUCCUUUUGUCUAUAUGAGUUUGUUUUGUUUUUUUCGUCAGGCGGCGUCUUCAUCUGAAAUGGCUAUGUAUCUUAAAGGUACCCGCCAUGGGAGACGAUAAUCUUUGAAAUGGCAAAUGAGUGGAAUUAUUGGAGGAAAAAAAAACGGUUUAUGCGUAGAUUGUUGUUGUUGACGUGAGUUUUAACAGAAGGCAUUGACAAGGAUCAAUCAUCGUGUUAAAGCAAUGCACAUGAGAUGCCUCGUUGUGGAGGAGCACUUUUCUUCUUAAUAAUUAACGGAAAAAAAAACAAGGUUAAACAAAGAGGACAAGAAUGUUUCAGCUAGGUAUGGAUGCCAUCCGAUGUCUCGGAGAGAGUUGGGAGAAAGACAUUUUUGCGCGAUGUGUGAUGCAUUUCGACCACCACGUUGAAUUAUUGUUUUUUCAAUUUAUGGUACAUUUGUUUAUGUUUCACUAGCAUUUCUUGGGGCUUUGAAUGGAGACGAUAUAAGCAGUGUUUAGUCAUUAUGCAGUAUUAGGGAUUUUAGUUUUUGCAGGAUGGAUUUGCAUUCUGGUUGGAUAAUAAUCUUGGUCAUAAUAAGGGAUAAUACAUGACAAGCGAUUUACUAAACACUUAUGUUUAUGCUUCGCAUUUAGGCAACGUUGUUAAAACAAUACUUGUUAACAUAUUUCUGUAAAAGAUUAAAACGGUUGAAAUGUGCAUGCCAGGCCAGUAGGUGGCGAUAUCACUUUCUGAAGAAACACUUAUGUGCAUAUGCACUAUUGUGGUUUUGAUGUUGUGGUAUUGUUUUGGUUGUGAAGUAUCCGCCCAUGUCCACUGAAUGAAUAUAUAGUGCAUGACGUCACUAUAUUCACCAAUCACGUUUUAGUAGUUAAUGUGAAGAUGAUCGCAAUCAAAACGUUUAUUUUUCAUGCACCCACCAAAAUGGCGUUAUCGUGUAGUAAAAAAAAUACAAAUAUUAAAAUAAGUUAUGCAGUUUUGCAGUUCAUAUGCACACCAACAGCAUUUUGGUGACCUAAAAAUAAAACUUUAGUAUGACUUAAAUUUUAGUACGACUUACAACUAUAAAAACGCCGUGUUGUGAAAACAUUGACGUCAUGUCUGUGUAUUUAAUAUGCAUAAACCAGUACAACCGAUACGACAACAAAAAAAUAUAAAAGAUAGUGUUUUAUUUUACAAAAUGACAUCACCACUUACUGGCCUGGCAUGCAUAAUACAUCGUUUUUAGCCUCUUUUUUUUUUUUUUUUUUUUGUGGAUUCAAAAAACUUGUCAGUGCUUUAAUUUGUAUGCAGAACAUUUCUAUUUUUAGUACAUCCCUUUGUUUUUGAAGGAUGGAUUUGCAUACUGGUUGAACAAAAGUCUUGGUCAUUUUGACAUAUAAUACAUGAUAAAUGAUUUACUAAACAAACUUUUUAAUAUAUUUUUUUUGUUUUGCAUGUAGGCAGCAUUGUUAUCAAAACAAUACUUGUUAAUAUGGAUCUGCGAAAGAUUGAAAAUGUUGUAUUAGGCAUGCCAGGCCAGUAGGUGGCUAUCCCUUUGUGAAGAAACACUAUGCGCAUAUGCGCUGUUGUGGUCCAUUGUUUUUAUUGUCAAGUAUUUGCUUAUGUCUACCGACUGAAUAUAUAUAGUGCGUAUGACGUCACUAUAUUCACAAAUCACGUUUAGGUAGUUAAUGUGAAGAGAAUCACAAUUUUAAAAAAAAUAAUAAUUUCAUACACCCACCAAAACAUGUUUUUGUAUAGUAAAAAAAAUACAAAUAAAUAUUAAAUGAAGUCAUGCAUUUUUGCAGUUCAUGUACACACCAAUAGCCUUUUGGUGGGCUAAAAAUGCAAUUUUAGUAUGACUUAGUGCUGUUAAAAACAUAGUUUUGUGAAAAUAUUGGCAUCAUACACUUCUAUUACAUAUUCGUGAGCAAGUAGAACCCGUACAACAACAAAAAAUUACUGUUUUAUUUGUCGCCACCUUGCCUGGGUAUUUUUAAUCUUUUAUUUAUUUAUUUUUCCUUUUUUUUUUUUUGUGGAUUGAAUAAAUUUGUCAGUGCUUUAAUUUGUAUGCAGAACAUUUCCAUUUUUAGUACAUCCCUUUGUUUUUGCAGGAUGAAUUUGCAUACUAGUUGGUUAAUAGUCUUGGUCAUAUUGAUGGAUAAUACAUGACACAAUUUACUAAACCAACUUUUUCUCAUUUUUUUUAUGUCUUGCAAUUAGGCAAAAUCGUUGUCAAAACAAUUUUUUUUUACCCAAAAAUAUUGUAAUAUGCAUGCCAGGCCAGAAGGUGGCGAUAUCACUUUGUAAUAAGUUAUGCGCAUAUGCACUUUUGUGAUUCACUGUUUUGAUUGUGAAGUGUCCGCUCAUGUCUACUGACUGAAUAUAUAGUGCGCAUGACAUCGCUAUAUUCACCAAUCACGUUUUAGUACUUAUUGUGAUGAUGAUCGCAAUCAAAACAUUACUUUUUCAUGCACCCACCAAAAUGGCGUUAUUGUAUAGUAAAAACAUACAAAAAAAUAUUAAAUUAUUAAGUUAUGCAUUUUCACAGUUCAUGUACACACCAAUAGCCUUUUGUUGGCCUAAAAAUGCUAUUUUAGUACGACUUAAAAUCUAGUACUACUUACGACUACAAAAACGCAGUUUUGUGAAAAAAAUAUACGUCAUUUAUUUUUUUUACAUAUUAAUGAGCAAGUACAACCCAAACGACGACAACAAAAAAAAAAACUUUUAUUUUACAAAAUGACAUCGCCACCUACUGGCCUGGCAUCCAUAAUGCAGUGUUUUUAGCCUAUUUUUUGUGGAUUGAAUAAAUUUGUCAGUGCUUUAAUUUGUAUGCGGAACAUUUCUAUUUUUAGUACAUCCUUGUCAUGCAAGCAGUCCCUUCAGUUAUGGAUGCAGUGCUCCGUGUUUCAGUAUCUCGGUUCAUAAAUGACUUUUCAAAGGAUUUAACGUUUGCUUGUUGACCAGUUCGAGCACUUAACGUUUCGUUUCUCUCCCCAGCCUAAGCAUUUACUGUUGGUUGUUUUGGAAAUCAGACUCUGAGGUCUGUCAUGCAGGUCAUGUUUAAUAGCUGCGAGGAAACGCGAAGCUAAAAUUGGAAAUAAAUCUGUGCACAUGCAUAUUUCUGUCAUGUGUGGAGUCGCUGAUUCUUGCAGUUUUGUUUUUUUUAAGUGUGUCCUGUGUAAUGCCACUGAUUUGUGGUGGAACGAUGCAACUUUUUUGAACAAAUCAAUUUUGAAGCUACCUUGGAUUAAAUUUUCAGGUGCAAUAUUAGAUGAUAGGAUGUUUACAUUUAUAAUUUUUCCUUCUUUUUUUUUUGGUUCCUCCUAGUAAGGAUGAUAAAUCAGUCUCUUUAUAUUCACUCUUUGCUACUAAAGGGCUGACUUUAUCUCCAGUUCAUCUGUAUUUUAAGCUUGGGUUCUUUUGAAAUGAGCAUAGGGUGUUUCUAGCUACUCAUUUCUCUCUCCUGCUCUCUCUCGUAGACUGUGUUAGAUGCAUCCAUAUACCUGUGUUCAUAUAUUUACGAGAAAGUUGAAUUUUCGAAGUUUAACUUCCGUUUGACUCCUCGAUUUAAGUUCCAUUUUUUCCGUUCGGUUGCUUAAUUUCAGCUGUUUCUUAAAAAAAAUCAUAAAAGAAAGAAAAAAGGAGAAAAAAAAUCAAAUUUAAUCAAACGAAAAAAAAAUGUAUGAACAGAUGAUGACACGAUAUUUGCUAGGUCAGAAGUAAUAAUGACUUAUUGUACAUACGCUUUUUUGUUUUUCUCCCUUGAAUUAAAAAUAAUGAAAUGAAAUUAAAAUGGUUGUAUAUUGUGUAGAAAAGCAAACAAAAAGCCAUGAAUAUUGUGAAGCUUGUCAUUUCGUUUUGUGAUCACUGUGUAUUAUUGUGUAACAAAUGUGCAAAAUGUAUGGGAUUAUACUUCUUCUCUUGUUUUUGAAUGAGCUCUUUAGAUGCAUUUUCUCCCCGGCUGUACGUUUUUUGUAGUAUGUAGUAUUUGCAGAAGAAGAAGAAGAAGAAAAAAAAAGUUCAUUGUUCUGGUGGAGCGUUUGAUCCAUUCUGUAGUCUUUGGACUGAGACGUGAUGGGACAGUCUCGUAUGUUACUACUUUUAUUUUUUUUCGUUACUUUACGGUUGACUUUUUAUUUCAAACAUUGACGUUUGGUAGAUGUUUGGUGAUGUUUCUUUUCUCUGAUGUCCCAAACAAAGUGUUGGUCUUACAGAACAUGGACUGGAUGAAACAUUUGACAGUAUUACCCCUUCACCUGACCAAAAUCCAAAGCGAUCAUCAUCGUAAAUGUAAAAUCAAAGCACGCCGAUGCUCAGAAACAUUACUUUAAACUAAAUUACUGGGUGCAGAAAAUUCUACAGGGGAGAUUGUGUACAUUUGUUUUCUAUUGCUUAUAACUUUCUUCGAUAUAUCCCUAAUUUUUUUUUUUCUUUCUUGGGAAAAAAGAAUCACAAUGCUCUUAUUUUUUUCAUGGAAGAUUGUAUACGUUGUAUACGAUGAAGAAGAAGAAAAAAAACUUUGUUUGUUUUUGACUGUUCCAAUGCUUAUUGCCUUCAGCCUUUAAAUCAUAAGACAAAAAUGGACAAUUUGCACUCAUGCAAGUUUCGAUUCUAAGGUUUGUGACAUUAUUAGAUAUACUUUUUCAAGUUUCAUGUCAUGGAAUCACUGUCCAUAAUUCUCUGACUGGACAAUCAGCUUUUCUGGAGUUCUAGCGCUGGGGUUUUACUUCUCUCUUCCAUUUUUGCUUUUCUUUUUAAUUAAGUUCUUUCUCUCCCUGUUUUUAUUUGUUGCAAGUCUCUCUUAUUUUUCUUGUUGUUGAUGUUGCUGAAGUGGGAGAGAGGUUUUUUUUUUUUGGGGUCACCAUUUCGUUUUGAUUUUUCUAAACUCCAUCUGAACUGUCAGAUAUUUUUAAAUAGACUUAGCUGCAAUUUACCCAGUUUGAAUUUUAAAGCAAAUGGCAAUAUCCGUUUGUAAAAAGAAAAUUAUGAUUAAUGUGUACAGUAAAAAAAAAACAGAAAAGAAAAAAAAGAGAUUGGCGUAAAAGAUUAUGGAUUUUAGUCAAGGAAAAGAAGUGCUUUUUGUCGAGUUUUUAUUUUCAUUUAGAACAUUAAUCCAGACCUUUUGCACAUCCUUGAUAUUUAACUGUCUAAAAUGGAGAUGAAAAAAAAAUUGCUGUUUGAUUACUGCCGGUUGAUUAACAACAAUUAUGCAUUGACUGAAAAAAAAAUAAGCUAAUUUUGGAGGAAAUAACUUUGUAAUAUUUAUCACUUGCAAGCUAUGUUUAAUAAAGGAUGGAACAGUUUA